AUGGAGGGCACUGCAAACUUGGUGGUGUAUAGCAACGGUGAGAUAAUACAUAAUACUCAUGAGGGAGUGAGGUUUGUGUCUCAGAAUCCGUUUUCAUUUGUAGUUCCAUGCACGAUGACGUUAAUGGAGCUGCAGAACAGCCUCUGUAAAAGCAUGGAGAACAGUACGUUAAUAAGAGUGAGCAGAAUUUUGUACCGAAAUCCGAUUGUAAUUUUCGAUGGUCUAAUACAGUUUGAUGUCAUGCCGAUCACUGAUGAAACGAGUAUGCAGAACAUGUUUCAAAUUCACCGGCAAACUCAGAUGCGACACCCACAGUUUGAGGUGUACGUUGAGUAUGAAACUGUAGAGGCAGUGGCGGUUCAGAAUGAUAUAGAUAUACAUGAUGAUAGAGGUGUAGUGUACGAAGGAAUGAAUAGUGACAGCGAAGAGGACUUCGAAGCCACUUAUAAGGCCGGCGACGAAGAUGAGGAUGGUGAUGUGGUAGUUGAGGUAGCAGCAGAGAAUGUAGUGGUUCGUCCGCCGAGCAGUCAACCGAUGGACGUUCCACCUUUUAUGCGUGAGUUGGAUCUCGAGGCCAUGCAUGCCCCCGAGUUUCCGGAAUAUACAAACAUAGGCGUUGCCGAUGCUGAGGACGGGGAGUUCCGGAUUGGAAUGGAAUACAGUUCUAGAAAGUCGGUCGUCGCAGCGAUUAGAAGUUUCACUAUUGCUAGAGGAGUUGACUAUGAGGUGUAUGAGUCUGAGCCACAGACGUUCUAUGCAAAAUGCAAGAUGUACGGGCGUGGAUGUGACUGGCUUAUCCGAGCUAGCUUGAUACGAAAAAAAGGUUGUUGGGAGAUACGAAGCUACAACGGUAGGCACACGUGCACGAUCGGAACGAUUUCACAAGAUCAUUCCAAGUUGGACUCAGAUACAGUUACCGAUGCUAUAAGGCCAUUGGUCGAGACGGACCCGUCCAUCAAGGUGAAAUCUAUAAUUGCGGAAGUCCAGUCAAGGUUCAACUAUACCAUCAGUUAUCGAAAGGCUUGGUUGGCAAAGCAGAAGUCCAUAGCCAACGUUUUCGAUGGUUGA